GACAGCGCCAUUAUGGAGCUUUGUUUUGACAUGUGUAAACAAUAAAAUUAAAACACCAAACAAACUGUCAUUUUAAGGAUCUCAUCUAAUAAUUAUUACAAAUGGAUGAUUAUUAUCUAACCAGUAGUCGGCCUAGACCGGUCACAGCAACUGUCACAAAACCAAAAUGGAUGGAACCACCUUGUAAUUCUACACAUCGUCAUUCACUCGAUUCUACUGGAUCAACAGCAUCCCUGACAUCGGUAUUAGACCACGAUAGUUAUAUCAGUGAUUAUACAGAUGAUGAUGAUAUACAUCAUACAUUUAAUGAUAUGAAAAUAGAGGAGGGUCCACUUGAUUCAACUUACAAUAAAACAGCAGAUGAUAAAACAGAUGAUACAUGUAAUUAUACAACAGAUGAUCAAUUAAGUAGCUACUCACCUUAUGAAAGAUCAAAAUCUAAAUCACCUCGCACACCAAUCAGAAAACAGAGAAAAAUGGAGGAUGAAUUUCAGGGCUUGUCACCAUGGGAACGAUGGUUGCUAAUCAAAACGAGGGAGGAGAGAAUCAAGAAAAAGUUUGAGCUGAGAAAUAAACGGGCAAAGGAAGAAGAAGAAAAGAAAAAAGAAGAAAAGAAAAUGGAGAAAAUAGGAAGAACGGAGGAGGAAAUUGAGAAGUGGGAAGAAAAAAAGAUAGAAAAAAUCAAACAACAAAAACGUCUGGAAAAAGAAGCAAAAGAAUUGGAAAAGAGCAAAGAAGAAGAAAAGAAGAUGGAGAUACUAGAAAAAUCAUCACAAAAAUACAAAGAAUGGAUGAAAGCAAAAAAACAGGCAGAGCUGAGCAAGCGAAGAGAAGAAAAAGAGAAAUUAAAACGUGAAAAAGAAGAGGAAGAAGCCAGGAAAUUGAAAGCGGAACAGAAGUAUAAGGAAUGGGUAGAAAAAGCGAAGCAAAGGCCAAUGUCUGCUAGCAUUAAUUGUAGUCGUAAUUCAUCAUCUAACAGACUAACAGAUCAGCCAGACUUUGGUGCAUAUCCAGAACCAACAUUCUGUAACCCAAUACCAUGGCAACCAAUAAAAAUUCCAGCACCAAAAUCUGCAUCCAAGGCUAAUGUUAAUAAGAGUAAAGUGAAGAAACCCAAAGGGAAGUAUGUGUGGAACCCUGAGAAAUAUUUUUAAAAGUAAACAAAACAAAAUAUCCAGCAUAUAUAUGAAGAUUUCUUUUCUGCGUCGUGAUAUAUAAAUGUCAUGCCAUUUUGGGGGUAAAAACCUUUUUUGUUUGCAAUUAAGAUUAACUUUCCUACAUGCUAGGAUUUUGUAUUGACUAUAUAUGGUUGUUACGAAUUGGAAAAGAACUCUGUAUAUAUUUUCCGUCCAUUUUAAAUAUAUGUAGAUAAAUUUCUGACAUUGUAGAUAUAAUUUUAAUAAAUGUUUAAAGAUUUUAUAUGUGUGAACUUUCUGUAGUGAAGAGUUCAAAGGAUUUUAGACUAUAUCAAUAAGAUGGAAAGACAAAUAUUUUAGCUACCAUUUAUUAUCUGGUUAGAAAAAUGUUUUAUUAGCCACAUACCAAGUUAGGAUCAUCUUGCUGUGGUUGUUUCAUCACCCAUAAAUGUUAAUACCUAUAUUUGCCAUCCCAGAACAAUGAAUUGCUGAAAAACUGCCCUUCUCAACAAAGCCGACUUCCAUUUUAAGAUUUUUUUUUUUUUUUUUAAAUUCCUAUAAUUAUUGUUAGGUUAUUCUUUAAGAUGCAUUAUGUAAGAUUUAGAUAAAUGAAAGACGAUAAUGAAAAAUGAAUAUAUUGAAAUUUUCAGUUAAUUUAUUUAUUUUUGGCGAAGUUAUGACUGUUUUAAGAUGUAGAAUAGAUUGUUUAUUAUCAUAGCAACGGUACUGGACAAUUUAAAUCUUGCAGGCUUUCUAAUCCAUUUAAUUCCCAGCCAUCCAAUACUCUAGAGAGUUGAUUAAAGGCUUGUCAUGUGAAUAAAUAUCUAAAUAAUAGUUUAUAUAACAUUUCAAGCCAAUAUAAACACCGACAAUAGGCAGAUUUAGCUUUUACAUAAUGCAUCUUUAAGGAAAAUGCUAAUUUGGAUCCUGUGAAGAUUAAUCACAGAUUCCUUGCUCUUACUUCCUGUUUUAUGAACGAUUUUAUUGAUAUAGAGAAGUGUCUCAUCAAUGGUCAUUUGUUUUGUAAUAAUUCAAAUAUACUGGUCAUCUAAUGUUAACUGUGAAACAUUCCAACGUAUAUAGUAUUCAUCUACUGUCCACAGAAAAAAAUGUUAACCAUUUCAAAAACGGAUUUUGUGGACAUUGUCAUAUUUUAAUGUUUUAAGAUAGAUAUCAAAAAUUGUACAUAAUUUUCUCGUAAUUUAUUUUUGUUAUAUAUACAUGUAGUGUAAUAGUCUUGAUCAUUCCAGCCUCUAUUGUCUGCUUUAACUGUAAUCAAUGUGAGUCUGGAUAAAAUAGCAUCCAUUGUGUUUAACUGGUUCUCUGGCUGUUCCUGUCUACAGUUCACACAAUGACUUAUUUCAGACAACCAGUUUAUAAUUGUGCAUACUUCCAAAAAAAGGUGAAGGCCAUUAUUCCUCUCAACCAAUCGUAAGACCUGAGACCAUACAGAUUAUCCACACUAUUUUGUCCAGACCAAAAUUUGUCUAGUGAAAGUAGCAACAUGUUAAGCCUGGGCGAUCAAGACUAUAUCAGUGUUUUUAGAUACCAAGAGUCAUGUUCCUUCAAAAUCAAAUACUUAAAACUGUGGUUUUCAAAAUGAUAAAUCAUACUAAGUUCAUCACAGAUGCUUUUUAGACCAGAAAUUUUGUUAAUAAUAAUCUUUUAGCUGGUGUGUUUGAAACAUCUGACAAUGUUUGUAAAGGUCUGUCUGUUAACCAAAUAGGUCUUUUCCUUUUUUCCAAGCUAAACAGAGGGUUGUGGUGUAAAGAACGGGACAGUGGUCAUCACUUGUCUUAAUUAGGUCACAUUUACAUUUGUCAGUCCAUACACCAUAAUAUUAUGAAUUGACAGGAUUGCAAUUGAAAUGUGAUGUGAGCCGAAUCGUGACACAAUCAAAAGUUUUAUUCAGCUAUGGUGAUUUAUCAACCUAAUAUAUUCUGUUGGCACAUGUCUUGUCACCAGUAAUUCUUGUGUUCAAUUGAUUUAAAUUUUUUUGAAGAUUGAGAGAUUUCAAUUCCUUUGAUCAAGUAUCCUCUACAAGUUUCCAUCUUGAAAUAAGCACAUGAAUCCCUACAAGACUUGCAUGACUAUUUAUUCAUCAAAACCUUGAACAACUACAAAUUAGAUUGGUUUUAUGUUAUAAUUAACUCUUUGAUUCUUUCAUCUUGUUUGUGAUAAGAUUUCUUGCGUGAAUUUUUAUUUUUAGGCACAGCUAAUUUAAAUGUGCUAUAAGGUCCUCAUGAUCAAUCAAAUAUUAUUUAUUUGUUGUUACUUUUAUUUGAGAAAAUAUUUACAUUAUUUUUCAGUUCAACAAAAAUUUCAUUUCAAGUUUCAGAUCUGUAGAUUAAUUAAAUCAUAUUUAUAUUAUUAUAAUAAAAAAAUGAAAUUUAAAAAAGCUUUCU